AUGGUAGAAACUUCUCGACCCGCUGGCGGUCGGCCUUUCGACUUUAGCCCCUCAACUGCUCAUUAUCAAUCUACGCCUUCUCAUCAUGACUCCUUUCCUGGCAACUCACACUCUAUCAAUGAACUCAUGACCCUGAGGCCUUACUUCGCAGGCCAGGAAAAGUCACUCUCCGGUAUUGCCAUGCGAGCCUUUUGUCUGGGUAUCGCUUUGGCUUCGAGUGGCAUCGCCAUGGUGACCAUUCUGGCCAUGACGUCGAGUCCUGCUUGGCGGGUACCGUUCUUCCUCUUUGCUCUUUCGGCUUUCCACUUCCUUGAAUUUUGGACUACGGCUGAGAGGAACACUCUUGUUGCUAGCAUCGGCAGCUUUCUUUUGACUGCGAACUGGCCAGGCUAUGCUAUCGCUCACUCAGCUGCGUUCACUGAAUGUGCCAUCGUCAAUGUUUUCUUCCCUGAGCGCAGUUGGGCACCCUUCGGCACUGGCCAUCUGCUUCUGGCUGUCGGUCUUGCCAUGGUCAUUGUCGGACAGGUUGUUCGUUCAGUGGCCAUGCUGGAAGCUGGAGCCAGUUUUAACCAUCAUGUGCAAACGAGGAAGAAGGAUUCUCAUGAGCUCGUUACCACAGGCAUUUACUCUGUGUUCCGUCAUCCAAGUUAUUUUGGGUUCUUCUACUGGGGUUUGGGAACGCAGUUGGUCCUUGGAAACGUUCUGUGCUUCUUUGCUUAUGGCUUCGUGCUUUGGAAGUUUUUCAGUGCCAGAAUCAGGCAUGAGGAGGCUAAGCUGGUCGAGUUCUUCAAGGAUGAUUAUGUGGAGUAUCGCAAGAGGGUCGGAACAAAGAUGCCCUUUAUCGGGUAG